AUGUCUAGUAUCAAAGAGAGAGAUGAGAUAGCUUUGUCUCAAAACACCAUCGCAUUAAAAGGAUUCGCUCUUGCAAUACAGCUUGCAAUGGUUGCAGCGGUUCCGGCGUUGACUGAGGUUGUGCAAGAUUCGUGUUCUUCAUCUGAUUCUGAUAGUGAAGAUAUUGAUGGCAGUGGGCGCGAUAUUUUUACGAAGAAACGGACCCUCAAUCCGGCACAUGCACGCAAUUUGGACAAGAGAACUGAUGUUAUUUUUCAUAGCAUUUUGGUUCAAGAUCCGGUUCGACCUAUUGAUGAGGCCAUUUUAGUUCGGCAUGAUGAAGUUCAUGAUUCAAGAGUUGAUAACUUGGUCGAGGGCAUCAGGCGUAACUAUCAAUUCAAUAAUUCGUAUUUCCGCGGUGGGCUUAGAAAGAUUGAUGUUGUUCAUUUGCGAGAAAAGGUCAAAUCAUCUGCAAAGUGUAAGAGAGCAAAGAAGGUUAUUACUACUUCGUCGGAAGCUGAGAACAGUGUCAUCGUUGACCUUGUGCUGGACAAAAUUAAACCUCAGAUUGAUGUAAUGGAUUCCAACAUUAAGAUAGGUUCAUCUCGGGUUGAUGCUAUAGAGGGGAGUGUUCGUAAACAAGUUGAGGCGUUGUUGGGUAAGUUUAAGGGGGAAUUGAUUUCAUCUCAUAAGGAUAUCGUUUCUGAUGUUUGUAAAGACCACCUUGCUGCUCAUAAAGGCCCGGGAAAUAAUCAACCUUCUUCUCCGACAAAUGUAAUUGUUCCCAGAUGUCAUACCAGCCAUGUUACCGACGCAAAUGCAAAGACAACCGAAAACGUUCUACGUGACAUUAGUCAAUACUCUACACCUCCCCGCUCGAACCGUAUUUGUGAGUCCGAUAAUCCUACUCCGACGAAGAAAGACCAUGUUGAAUCUGGCUAUGUAUGUGGAACUCCGGUAAUUCAAUCAGGUGCCCAAUCAGCUAAUAGCGAGAAUCGAUCUAUGCAACAGUCAUUCCAACAUAAGUUGACUCGGCAAAAGAACCAAGACAACAUUGCGGAUGAACCUUCGUUUUCGCUUGGUCUAACUCAGGAAGAACAGAUUCAAGAAGACAACCCUAUUUUGGGAAAAACUGGUCCUGACCAUGAACAGUUGUCUCACACGAAUGUUGCUGACAAUAUUGAAGGAAGUUCAUCGUCACGUAGAGAGGCAAAAGACGAUUCCAUUAGUGUGAUCAACGUUGCUGGAUUAGCUGUGUCUAGAAGGGAAAUUCUUCUCAUUUGUGAGAGAGUUUUACGGUCGGUUCUUUUGCAUCAGUUACCUUCCGAAGGUUCACAGAGUGCUGAGUUUCUUGAUACCAAGUUUGGUGCUGCUAUAAUGAAGAACUUUCCCAAAUUCCUUAAGAGUAAGAAUAAAGAGUCUUACAUAUUCCCAAAAUCAUUGAGUGGUAUUUUCCCAACCAAAGAAGCUCCAAAGGUUAAUCCAAGAAAUUAUUAUUUUCCAUUAUAUGUUGGGAACAAACAUUGGGUUGGUAUUUGUUUUGACGCUGGGUGUGGGACUGUCACCAUUCUAGAUUCAUGCUUGGCAUUGCACAAGGAAAAGGCAUUAGAGAAGAUAAUUACUCAUGUCAUACAGAUGUUACCGUAUCUUGCUAGAUAUGCUUGUCUUAAAAUAGAAACUGAUCCAGUUAUUCAGUGUUAUGAUGUUGCUAGGCUAAAAUCUGUCGCCCAGUUUAAGAAUGAAGCCGAUUCUGGUUUGAUAUCUUUGCUAUUUAUGGCGAGUCACGCUCUAUAUGGACCAGAAGCUUGUAAGAAUAUUGGUGAUGAUGUGCUGGUAGAGGAAAGUAAGAGUGCAACAAUACUGGCGUAUGAGUUCAAGGAAAAGUUAUAG